GCUGGGUAGGGUGGAACAGUCGCCAUAUGCAUGCAUUAUGAAAUGGCAGUUCUACAUACAGACAUGAAACUGGGGCCAAAUGCUGUGGUCUACAUCUGAGGAAUAUCCUGAUGCUUCAGUGAGGAAGGAUGCUCUCCAGAAAUCGCUUCAAUGGGCAAGAUGGGACAGGCGUCAUUCAGCACAAGAGGGCUAAGAAGAAGGACUUGGCCAAAAAAAGGAUGCAGAGCCCCAAAGUGGCUCAGGGUCUUAGGAGCAAGAUCCAAAAGUUCCUUCAGGGGACUGGGGAACACUCAUCCCAUGACUCCUGUCACUCCACUGUGGAGAUUGAGAAGGACAUGUUUGUCUGUGGCAUAAAGAGAGUUCCCUCAAGUGGUGAAUUUUCAUGCCAACAUGUCCCAAAUGAUCAGGGUCACACGGGCACCCUUAGCACAUCCUCAGCGAGGAAGGUAGACCAGAACAAAAAGGGCAGCAUUAAGAUCGCCUGCAAUGGACCCCUACAAGAUGACAUGAUUUUGGAUGAGAUUGGCUCUAUUCUGAAUGAGAUGGACAAACGAGGAGCCCUGGGACAGGGGAAAAACCUUGAUGGAGGAUCGUCCUUCACCCCCUCAAACAGCACCAGUGAGGCAGAACUUGACAGGAAGCAGGAAGAGCCUGGAUCCAGUGACAUCGUCGAGCAUAUUCUGAAGGAGCUACGGGGCAUAAACAAGAUUCAGGCUGAAAUUUCGGACUUGAGGCAGUAUCUCACCUCUGUGCGGGGCUCUGUGGAUGAGGUUUCCUGCUGUGUGGAUGCAGUGCUGACUGAGAUUGAGUCUCUUCGCACGGGGGCCACAGCUGGGCCUUUUCAACCUGAGAGGCCCAAAAGCCACUGUGGGAGCUUCAGCAAGGACUAUACUGCACCGGCGGCCCCCUGGGGAAUGCCUAGUACUCCACGCUCAGAGUAUUACACGUAUCGCAAAAAUGACACAUUGUCAUCAACUCAGAAAAGUCCCAUGAGACGAACUGGCCCCACAUUCCAAGCAUCAUCCAUGUACUCCUCCUGUAGUCAGUUGUCUGUUUCCAGUUCUUACGGUCAAGGGCAUCAGGACACAUUAGUGCAGAGCUCUCGUGAAGCUUGCUCAGUAGAAAAUAAGGAUACCAUUGGAUACUUGGAUCAACAGCAUGGCCAGGAAUUCCCCAGUACAAGCUCACUGUCUUCAGGUAACAGCUCAAAGUCAAACAGUUCUGAAGCUGUAGGGCGAGGCAGAGCGUGUUCCCAUCAUCGUCUGGAAUAUAAAAGCUGGGCGGCCUCAGGAAUGCUGCACAGUGUGAGCGGUGAGGCAGUUUGGAGUGAGGAGGGUGUCUAUUCUCAGCAGAAUAGCGUGGAUGAAGGGGAACGUUCUGAAGAGCCAGAUCUCUGGGACCAGUAUGGCGGGGGGGACACCAGCAGCACCCCAGGACAGUCCUCGCUGAGUAGCUCAGAGCACCUCUCUCUGCUUUUUGGCCGCCAUUACAACUCCCCAUCGACGUCACCCAGCCUGACUGAUUGGAGGGUUCCGAAGCAUCACCUGAAGGACCCAGAGGCAGCUGUUCAUGAUCAAAUGCACAAUCCCAACCUGGAAUGCAAAGGCCCAGCCAGUUAUCUAUACUCACGAAGCUCUGGAUACCACACCAUGGAAGCCUACGCAGAUGAGACGGCUAGUGGACCAUCUAGGAGCCUGAGCCACAAUUCCACCAUUAUCCUCACCGAUUGUGAUGACUACUGCCAGCACUGUGAGCUCUGCCCUCUAGCAGAAACUCAAGAUACAGGAUCAACAGAAAGUGUGGAGAGAGACUGGACUGACCAGGUAUACCCUGAAGCACCUGGUGAGGAAGGCUAUUUCUGUUUGAAUCCUGCUCACUCCGGUCUUGGGUCAGAAACCUCUGAGCUCCCUAAUGUGGGCUUCAACGUGAAAACAAUUGGCAAAGCUGUGCUAACCUUUCAAUCUGCUCUAAAAGGGGCUUUAAGAAAACUCGAGGGAACUAGCUCCCCAGGCUUGGAUGACAUAAGUGCAGCAGACCUUCUUUCGAGUUUUGACGGACAGCCAUCUACUGAAGUACAGUGGGCAUGCAGCCCAUCAGAUAAGGAGGAGGGUGACACUAUUGUGUCAGGUUACCUCUCGUUUGAACCUCCAUUAGAGCAGCAUAGAGAUGGUUCUCUUAUUUCAGAAGAUGAUAUGUCCCAAAUGGAGAACCAGGAAGGCCCUGAAGUUUUUACUGGGCAGCCAGAGCUCCAGUGUUCUCAACAUACAUCCCACUCUCUCUGCACUUUUGGUGAGCUACUUCCAGCAGAGAUCCAGGCUAUUGCUGAUGAGCCUCAGCUGGUCAAGGAGCUCCCCAGUGUGGAUGAUUGUUUGCAGAUCAGUGCCCAGGCAAAUGACCUUAGCCAGCAAGAAGCACGUCGUCUUCGUUGCCUGAACAACUUCCAGCAAGUCCUCAAGGAGAAGAGACAGGUCCGUCAGAACUUAUCCAGGAUCGCAGAGCGACCAAAGUCUGCUUUGUCUGAGGAGUUCAUCCCAGCGAGCAGUAGAGAAGAUGACCAGGUUACUCUUGAAACUUCAAUAAAAUUUUAAAAUUAAACCUGAUUAUUUUAUUUUAACAUUACCUUUUCCAUGCGUGGUUCUUGCAUGAGGCUUGAGUUGUACGGCCAGCCCUGCACACGUAUCACAUUUCAUUCUAAACGAAAACGAAAAAAAAGUUGCAUGAAAUCAUCCUAUCGUUAGUCAUAACUAAAGUGAGUGUGGCAUGUUGUCUCUCUCUUCUUUGUUCUGGAUUAUGCACAGUUUGUCUGUGUUUUAUUUGAAAGGAAUUAAGAGAUUGAGUUCCUUGUAACCUAGUGUUGGAAGCUUCAUGUUUAUGUUUAUAACAUCUAUGUUUGUGUGUGUGUGUGUUGUUUCUGUAUGUGUUUCUGUAUUGUGUAUCUGCAUUGUAUGAUAGAUGUCUAUGGCUAGAGCCGGGGUGUCCAAAUUCAGUCCUGGAGGCCCAGGGCCCUGCACUUUUUUGCGGUUUCUCUUGUUUAACACACCUGACUCAACUGCUUUGCUAACUGCCACACGGUUCUUGAGCUGAGUCAGGUACAGUAUGGUGGGACAGGGAAAGAAUUCAGCUGCACACAGCUCUGACCCGAAUGGACCGGACUGGACACUGCUGCUCUGGAGAGAGCACUACCUUUGCCAUCUUUCAUA